GCCAAGGUGGAGGGGCCAUUCUGCGCACAUUGUCAUAAUGAUACACCCGGCCACGCACAUCAGCAACAGCACGACGCCAGUUGGACGCCAUGGCGCUGCACGCCUUGGGCAGGAAGCACUCCCUGCAGCUUCUAGAGCUCCCCUUCAGACCAUUCUUGUGCCGCCUGCUGGAGGCAAAGGCUUUGCAAACUGCAGGGCCAAGCGUGCCCAGCCAUGUUAGGACUGCUCACCAAGGGACGGCUGUGUUCCAUGAUGCUGGUAGCAGUGUCAAGAAAGGACAUAUUGUGGAGUUUCUAGCAGAAGAUGUUGUUGAGGCUGAGGGCUUGAGCCGAGAUGGGAACUCAUGCGAAGGGGAGUUGGGAUAUGCACGGACUGCGUCGGGGGCGGAGGCAUCGUGCUCGCAGAGUGUGGCGCCGAAGCUUGCAUCAGAAACUUUGCUUAGUACUUUAAAUUACAGGAAGACAGAUGCUUCUCUGUGCUUCAGAAGUAUACGUUCACCAUUACCAACUGGUGGUGGGACAUGUGGGAUGACAUCAGCGCCGCAUCUGGGGUCUUUUCAAAGUCGGCUGGGGUCAGCAAGAGCUUACAACAUGGAACAGUGGGCAAACGAGGAGACUGCUGGCGUGCAGAGCCGACAGGCGGAAGGCACAUGCGCAUACCUCAAGGGUGCCCCACACAACGCUCUUGCUGGCGACAUGGCUCGGUACUUUGCAGAGUUCAACGUGGAUGAGAGCAAGGUGCAUCCAGUGUACGAGGAAAACUUCCGACCACACGGCUGGUACAUUGAGUUCCCGUCCCAACAAGACUUCCUGAACGCUGAUCGGAAGACGUACGAUCAAACCCUAGGAGCCAGGGCCGUCCGAUUGGAACCGAGGUCGCGGCAGUACAUGGAGGAGAACAUCAGACGAGACGAGAUGCAGAGAUGGAGGGGGAAAGCGGUGGUCAUUUCGCAUCUGCCGCCCGAUGCGGACGAGGAAGCGCUGGAGCGUUUCUUCCACGGGUACUCUAUCGCCGGCAACGGGAUCAAAAUUUUCAGACAUACGCUGGACCGUAAGCCCCACGAACAUGACCAGGAGCCUCACCUAGAGGUUCGAGCGGUCGUCAAGUUCACAACGGGCCUGGAAGCGAUGCGCGCGUGGCGGGAGAAGCACCUCGACAUCGUUAGGAGGAGGAGCGUUCGUCUCACCCUUGUAAAAUGAGCAGCGGGGUCGCGGGAGGGUAAUGAGAGCCCGUAUAGGCGGACGGUGCGCUGCUCAAAGCUGAAGGGUUAUGAAGACUUUCCGAAGAUAUGGGUCAAAGCGUGUGCAAGAAGUCAGCAAGUCGCUCUGUUUUGAACGAGUCGUCCAGUGGGAAUGGAUAGAAAUACGUAGGCGCUUCGUUCAGCUAUGUGUACAUUUGAGGUCAUUGUGCGAUACACACAUUAGUACGUGCUUUCAAAAGGCCUUCGCCCCACCAAACCUGGGACCUGAGAUGCUCGUACAAUCUUCAAAGACUCUGGGAGAACCACGAGCUAUCACGGACUCAAUUGUGACAAUCAAGCAACGAGAAGAGGAUCUCGUCCUGCAAAACUUCGGACUGUAGACCGAUGGUAGAGUGAUUGAGAGUGCAUAUGGUUGUCUGGCACUGUUGCCUGUUGUAAUCUGAG